GCCCUUCCUGUACUACUGUGUACAAGAGGAACAGGGCUGAACACUUAAGGCGCUCUCCAACCAACAGAUACCCCAUUUUUCCUUAUGUUAAAUACGGCAUCUGGCUGAUGAGCAGGGUGGUGAGGCCGCCAAGUGAGGCAGAGGUCCAGACCUGGGAAACCGAGGACGAUGACAUGGCAGAAGGUGACUUAGGGUAUGGCCUCGGGAGAAGGCCGGGCGGUGUUUAUGAAGUGCACGUGUCACAUCUGUCUACAUCUAGAAAAAGAUCGGAUGGAAAGAACUUUAGCCCUCCUCCACUUCCGGGAACGAGGGAAGGAAGAAGUGGUGCCGUUUUUCAAUAUUCCAGGCAUGAGAGCUCCCAAGAUACACACCCCGGAGAGUCCAGCACUUCCCACCACAGGCGACAGAGACAGAGUAGCACCGAUUCUAAUUCAGAAUUGUCAAAUGUGGAAUUAAAGCAACGUCUUCAUGAUGCUUUAGAGGAGGUAGAAAUUCUAAAAACUGAACUUGAGGCAUCUCAAAGACAACUUGAGGGUAAAGAGGAAGCGCUGAAAAUUCUUCAAAGCAUGGCAAUAUUUGGCAAAGCCACAAGUCAUACCCAAGUGAUGCUUCAAAAAACUAUGGAACAAAAGAAAUGCUUGGAGAAGGAAAUAAAUGCCUUGCAAUGGGAAAUAGAAUUUGAUCAGAAUAGAUUUAAAAAUAUAGAAGAAUCAUGGACCCAAAAAUUUGACAGGCUAAACUGUGAAAAUGCAGUCCUCAAAGAAACUUUGAAUGUGAAAACAGAAGAAAUUAAAAUGCUGAAGUCGGAAAAUGCACUUUUAAAUCAACAGUAUUUGGAGGCCCUCGCCAUGGCUGACAUCAAACAGCAAAUGGCAGUUCAAGAACACAAGUGCCAUGAUAAAUGUGGUUUCACAGAGGUUUCAAGUCUUGAGCUAGCUGUCCUCGGAGCCUGCCUUUGCCACGGUCCUGGAGGGAGUCCCUGUGCUUGUGCCAAAAUGGCAGCAUCGGCUCGGAAAGUGCUUCUUAAGCUCAAACAGGAGUUGGGACUUUUGCAGAAGAGUAAAGAAGAAGCUUACAUAAUGGCAGAUGCAUUCAGAAUUGCAUUUGAGCAACAAUUAAUGAGGAAAAAUGACCAGGCACUAAGAUUGACACAAACGGAUAAAAUGUGUAAAAAAGCUACGAAAUGGAUAAAUUGGAAGCACCUUAAGGAGGAUGUUGGAUUUGCAUGUUCAAUUUUAGGAUUACCAUCACAAGGAAGUAAAAAGACCUUAGGACAGAAACUGUUGGGUAUGCUCCCUUCAGAAAACAGUUCUAAGAAGACUGAAGACCAGGAUAAUCCUCAGGAAGUCUUUAAAAUGCUAACAGAGCUGUUGAAUGAUAAGGAAGAAGCUCUGGCUCACCAAAGAAAAGUCAGUUACAUGCUUGCUCGGGCAUUAGAAGAAAAAGACACCACCUCAAAUGAGCAUAAGGAAAAAAAUCUUGUAAAAGACAAUUUUCCAUUAAAAAACCCCUGGGGGAAAGCUUCAGAAUUCCCUCUACUGGCUGAUCCUGUGUUUUCAAGUGUUCACCGUUUAAAUUCUGCAGGCUGCCCUUGUUCAUACCAGCACCCUCAAAACUGCACAACAACUCUCAAAAGAUCCUGUUCUUUGCCAUCAAAUAUCAUGUUUUGGUGAUAAAUCCGUUGAAAUCAGAACUGAGAGCCGUUUAUAUUAAGAUACUUUAAAAAAGGAUUGUAUAAAUAUUGCUACAUCUUCAGAAGUUGUAUGUUUUUUAUAGGCAUUUCUAUAGGUUUUAGAAGGUAACAAAUACACAAACAUUUUCUAUAGGAAAUUUAUUAAUAUUUUGUGUUGAUGGAUUUUAUAAAUUACUAUACUUCCUGAAAUUUUCAGGAUUUGCCAACAUCUUAAAAACAAAAAAAUAAUUUCUGAGGAAAAAAUUAUUAAACUAUUUUGAUUGACUAAAGGGAUCUUUGGCUUAAGCAACAAUAUAAAUUAAUGCUCUAAGAUUUAACAAUGCUUAGGAGUGAAUGUUAAUUUUUGAAAUAUAUGUAUCUUGUUUUAUUGUUAUUUUUCAGGAUUUUUCAUUUGCCACAGAAAGGUUAAAACUAGUAAUUUCCUUAUGUUAACUUCAAUAAAAAGGUUAUUAUGUGGGGGUUUGGCAGAAGUAUAUUCAAAGCAUUGCUAGUUACCUUUAUAACUACACAGAACUACACAGAAUUCUAGCACUCACACCAUACUGAAUUAACUUCUUUGGUUUUGAUGCUGAAUUUUAAGGCAUGAAGUAAAAUCUUUAAUACCUUCUGGAACGUUACUAUAUUAAUAACAUCAUGAUUAUGUCAAAGGAAAUGCAUUACAUUGUCAAAAGUUUUAGAAGUUUUUGUAAAACUUGUUAUGAUCUCUAGUAAAAAAAAAAAAAAGACAUAUGGCUACAUUGAAUACUACUGAAAUAGAUGAGCUAACAACAGAGUAAAAUGAAGUAACAAUAUAAAAUAUAAACCAUUUGGAGUUGUGUUAAAGCAAGAGCAUUUAGUUCGCUUUAAGAAAAUAAUAAAAUAAAAGAUGAACUCUUGGCAAAUUUUGAAAAAAGGAGUAAUGAUGAGGAACUACUGUUACUAGACAUUAAAAUGUAUUGUCCUGAUAGUAAUAUAAAGCUACAUUAUUUACAAUAGUGUGGUACCAGCAGGUCAAUGGAAUAUGAUGAAGACUAUACACAGAAUUAAAACAUAAUAUGAAAUAAAAGAGAAGGAAAGGAAAGAUUGGGGUAUGUUCAAUAAUAUCUAAGUUGGAAGUAUAAAAAAAUAAUAAAAGCUAGAAAGGUUCUAUUUUAAUAUGUGUGUAUAAUACACGUGUAUUAUAUAAGAUGUAGAUACAUACGAACUGCUAAAAUUUGGAAUACUCCCCAAAUGACAAAGAAUCUAGAUCAACAGUUCACAAAAAAAAGGGAUUAUAUAUGGUGAGCAAAUCUGAGGAACUAUUCAACAACAGCAGAAA